AGCUUUUCGUCCCUGUUUACUUUCUCUGCUGAAGCAUUCCCCAAGUUUUGUGUGAGCCUUUGGAUACGAUAUUUUAUGGAAGUGUUAUUGAGCCGCAAAGGCGAGGCCCAUACAUUUUGGAUACUGCUAUCCCACACCUCGUGACCCGACAGGUCUACCUACCACACCCCGUUACCCCGUUACCCUGCCACAUUCGAUAGGGUUGACUCCGCCAUGGACCAUUCUUUCAACAUACCCGGCCUGGGCGAGCUUCAGACCGAAGCGACGCCGGCAGCAGCGAAUCUCGACCCCGAAAAGCCAAGCGCCACCACGAGCACCCAGGCAGACACCGACACAGCAAUGACAGAUGGCCCCAGGCCAGGCCCACAAGAGGAAAACAAAGUUGUCCCGAGGGCAUAUAAUCACAUGGAAGAUGUGGUAGCACAAGAGGAUGGGCAAGCUUUACAAAGGGUGGACACUGUUAUGGGUGGCUCCGAGCCAACGUCGCUCCAGUCGAACAGCAUUCGGGAAGAGACUGCCGUGACGGCGCAACAUGAUGAACAACCAGAAGACCAAGCCUCUAUCGAGCCAAAAUCCGAUGCAAACAAAGGACAAACAACAGCUGGUCCAGAGAAAAUGGAAGAGCGUGGAAAUACCUCUACUGAGAAGCAUCAGAGCCAGUCGGCCGAAAAGGAAGACGAGUCACCCAGUGUCACGCAUGCACUCGAAGCUGCGCUUGAUGGUCUGCUUGGCCCAGUAUCAAAGAGCGAAGAGGAGCAAGCUGGUGAAGACAAGCUCUCUCCCGAGGCCCACAUCAACGGUCAAGCUGAGUUGACAGAGACGGCGCCAGUUGAAGGAGUGGUUGAUGCGAACCCCGAGUGGGAAGUUGAUUCCUCGCCCUACGAAUCCUCAAGCUCCGACAGUAGCUCUGACGAUGACGAUGACGAGUCCGACGUGGAUGAGUCUAAGCUGCUGGGUGUCGAGGAGACGGCACGGUUGCUGAUGGAGGCCGACGGUGGGAGUGAUGAUGAGAUGGACGGUACAAGGGCUGCGAAGCAGGCUGCCGGGGUGCGCACUAAGAACGAGCUCCCGGACGAGCCUGAGCCGACACCCCAUAUCAAUCUCAGUCCAGAAGACAUCAUCGCACCCCUGGGAGUUGUACAGCACAUCGUUGAAGGCACCCAAGCCGUCAUCGAGGCGCUCCAAGUGGGGGCUGCCGUCACGGUGUUGGACCGCGGCUCUGUCCUCUGUAAAGAGGAUCGCCACGUUCUUGGAGUCAUUCACGACACAAUUGCGACUGUGCAUAAACCCAUGUAUAUCCUCAGAUUCCGAUCAGAGGAGGAAGCGAAGGCGGCUGGCUUGGAGCGAGGCACCCAGGUGUGGUAUUCCAAGUCGCACGCAAACUUUGUUUUCCCCUCGCAGCUCAGGCAGGAAAAGGGAUCCGACGCAAGCAACCUGCAUGACGAGGAGGUUGGCCCAGACGAGAUGGAGUACUCAGACGACGAGCAAGAACAAGCCCACAAGAGAGAGAAGAAGAACAAGAAGCGUGGCGGCAAGGGCAAAGCGAACAAGGGCGAUGACCGUGGCUCGCAGCCACCUUCUGCCAUGGGCGAUUCGAAUCUUAAUUAUGGCGAGGACGAUGACGGCACAUAUCACAAGCUGCCACGUCCCUCGAACUUCGGUAUGGGGCUUCCCCCUCCGCCGCCCCCUGGCGUGCCGGCUUUCCCGGCCAUGAACGGCGGUACCAGGGGUGGCCAGAACGGCGGGCGGCGUGGAGACUCGAGGGGUCGCGGUCGAGGAAGGGGCUUCCAAGGGCGCGGCCGAGGUGGCGGCCAAGGACACAAUGGCCGUCCACAGCAUCCAACACAACCGCAAGCUCAAAACCCUCACCAACCGCCACCUCCGUUCCCGGUGAUCCCACCUCCUGCACCAGGCCAGUGGCCGUUCCCAGUACCACCGCUGCCCCAGUUCGGAGGUGCACCCGGAUCCUCUACUAGUCCUGGCGCCCCAGCUCCCAAUUACCCGAUGCCCAGCUGGAGUCCAGCCCAGGGCAACCCGUUCCCCUUUCCUCCCGUCCCCCCGCCAAGCUGGUCAACACCACAACAGCAGCGACCAGCGCAGCAGACAAGUUACCUGCCACCAGCUGGAGGGUACAGCGUGCCUGGGCAGUACCCGCCCAACAAUGGCCCAAGCCCUCCCGCUCCGGCGCAAAAUUACCAGUAUCCCAACUACUACGGCGCACAGGCUCAGAACAAUCAGCAACAGCGCUGGGGAUAGAAUGCCCAGCAGUUGAAGCAGAUCAGACUCUUGCUCGCUGCAUACAACGUUUUGGAAGAAGGUCACGGCGAGAGCCGACCUCUUGGCCCUGUGGACACGGACCUGGAUCCAACCGACUCAAGAUCCUAGCAGAGACUGGGGUGGCCAUGUCCUUACCAGCGAUGGCCAGUGAAAGUUUCAAAGUCGAAAUAUUUCAGUCACCCAGCCAGAUUUCAUUUCACCAGGCUGGGUGGGUCUGAAAUAUUUUGUGGGUACCUCAGAUCUAGUGGGUCUGUCAUAUAAAAUUGAGGUAGUUUGCUAGCAACUGGCAUCUUUACUUAUACGGUCUGCUAGUAUAAAGUGCUGGUGGGUAGCUGGUAAGAAAACUGGUGGAAGGGGCAGAAUGCUUGACCGCCUGCCACUUUGAGUAUAGUGAUUACCCAAUUGGGGUUAGCGGACUUUUCAAGAAAUUUCACUGGAGGGUGUGAAAUUGAAGUUUUUCCUUCAGAAGGGCGGGUGGGCCCGACUUUUCGCCAUCGCUGGUCCUUACUGUAGAAGGACAGGGAACCCAAACGGCGGGAUGUUCCCGCGAUACAAGGGAUGCAUUUGUCUGGCGUUAGAGUUUGGAAAAAAAAAAGAUGUUUGACACUGAUACCAGUGUCUGGAUAGUAGCGACGGGCCGCGGAGGCGCCCAUGAUACCAUACAGACA